AUGAUGGAAAUAGGGAGAGUGCACGGGCCACCCGAUGAGCCGAGGGAGAGCAGAAUAGCUUCGGCGGUCGACCUUCGGACCCGUCUAGGAGCGUUCGGUUUGUCUUUUGUCUGGCCUCUGAAAGCACAUGCCAGUUUCGAUUCCAUUCUCGAUUCCUUGACGAUGGCGCAACUGCGAGAGAGAGAUGCGAAGAGGAGCUUGCCCAUUAGCUCAAGACUGAAUGGAAGUUUCGUUUUGUCAGUUCGUCAGGUUCAUCAACUUUUGCAAGUAAAGAAGUCAACAGCCCAAGAGUGGUGGCGAAAGUCCCAACGAACAGGAGAUUCUGAGGAAAUGCGAUGAUCCAAAUGGGAUGUCUCAGAGAUGAUCCCUUGCUACUUGGGGAAGCUUGGUCUGUAUCUCCGAGCAAAUUCGGAAGCAGACGAUCGCCACCGACUCCGAUCGUACAUUACACGCACGUCAAGAAAUGAAUUCCAGUGGAUGAUUCGCCUGGGGCGACCUGACCUUGGCGCACGCUUGGAGCAUGCUCCCGCUGUCGAAAUGAUGGAAAUAGAGAGAGCGCACGGGCCAGGCGAUGAGCCGAGGGAGAGCAGAACAGAUUCGGCGGUCGACAUUCGGACCCGUCUAGGAGCGUUCGGUUUGUCUUUUGUCUGGCGUCUGAAAGCACAUGCCAGUUUCGAUUCCAUUCUCGAUUCCUUGACGAUGGCGCAACUGCGAGAGAGAGAUGCGAAGAGGAGCUUGCCCAUUAGUGCAAGACUGAAUGGAAGUUUCGUUUUGUCAGCUCGUCAGGUUCAUCAACUUUUGCAAGUAAAGAAGUCAACAGCCCAAGAGUGGUGGCGAAAGUCCCAACGAACAGGAGAUUCUGAGGAAAUGCGACGAUCCAAAUGGGAUGUCUCGGGGAUGAUCCCUUGCUACUUGGGGAAGCCUGGUCUGUCUCUCGGAGCAAAUUCGGAAGCAGACGAUCGCCGCCGACUCCGAUCGUACAUUACACGCACGUCAAGAGGUUUCGGAAUAGCGAAAAAGGAGAUCCGAUUAGCUCUGAAAGUGAAGGCUCUUUGUAAGACAAGGGAUGGCUACAUAUAUGAACUUGAACCAAAGAGAACCGACAUGGAUUUCAAGAGUCUAGUGCGGAAGCAGGAGAUUGGCGAGAGGGGACCAGACGAUGGAAUUGGAAAGGUUCUCAUGCUCGUCGGAGCUACAGGAGCGGGAAAGAGUACCCUUAUUAACGGGAUGGUGAACUACGCUUACGGAGUGACGUGGAACGACGAUUUCCGCUUCAAGUUGAUAGGAGACGAGGGGAAUGGAAAGAAUCAAGCUCAGAGUCAGACAAAGUGGGUCUCGGCAUACGUCCUGCACAAGCAGCUAGGAAUGGCGUUUCCUUACACAUUGACUCUGGUCGAUACACCCGGGUUUGGCGACACAAAAGGGAUGAAAAGAGAUGACGAGUUGAAGAAUCAGAUCGAACAGUUCUUCUCACAUGGAGGAUAUUUUGGAGUCGACCAACUUGAUGGAGUUGCUUUGGAAAGGAUGGAACUACUGAGGAAAGGGCACGCAUCAGUGAGACAACACGGAGGGGAAUGGCUGACUGGCUGGAUGGGAGCCAGAGAAGUAGGGCAGCGCCCAGAGGAAGAACGAUCAAAUGCAAGCUCCUUAUCGUCUGAUGAAAAUGAAUCGGAAUAUGAAAACGCUGCCUCUGCACUCCCCCCAGAAAUAAGUUUACCUCCGCAUGUCAGGACGCCGGAUGAUGAUCACCUCCUGACGGUGUUGUCUGAAGGUUUCAAACGAGAGAUGGGGAAAUUUCAAGAGCUAAUCAAAGAAGCACAUGCAAGCAUGCACCGAAUUGAUGAAAUAGCUCUUAGGCCCAAUCCUAUUGAGAUCACUAAUUAUAUUGAAAUGCUGAUCCGCAAGGAGUUUCAAGAAGAACAGCCUGGGCAUUCCCAAAGAAUCAAGUAUCUGGAAGAGGCACGUAGAAAAUCGGAAGUUGCCAAAGCCGUCCUGGAAAGUUAUGAUCCGAAUGAUAUGGAGUGGGAUAUUACUAUGUUCGACACGGAUGAGCCAAAUGAAGGAGAAUUCAAAAAGAAACCCAUGCGGAAACUUUUCAAGAAGCUCACUAAUUUAUUUUCUUCAAAGGAAAAAACUUAGACACUCAUAAUUUUGAGUCUCUGAAAUGCGCUGGAAAAGGCCAAUCCGUACGCAUAACCCCUCAUGAUCAUCAUGAUGUUCAUGCCAAAAGAAAAUUGCUCCAUUAUACAGGGUCUUUGAAAAUUCGCGCAACCCUCCAUAUAAACAAGUGCUGUUGUAUAUUUCGCUGUAAUAUCUACACAUUAGUUAGAGUUUAAAGUGGAUAUGGAAUUGAGUGAGGAGUUUAGUGCGUGGGUUGGCAACUCUGCAUGCGUACAAAUGAUUUGAACCAGUUUUAUUGCGAAGCCCCAGUUGCAAGAAACUGUAGUUAUAAACAUGUCCUUCACGAAGCUGCAGCGUGUUUUCAUUGUGGAGGCCUUAUUUUGCUACAAAAUCUUUUAAGCGGUGCCAAGAGGAGUUCAGACAUAAAUUUCACGAUAUGCAAGCCUUGAAUAAAAGCACAAUUCUACUGUCAGUGCUGCGUAUUCGUGACACAGGCAGUGUGGCAGACAAGAAAAGGAGUGGACGUCCAUCUGUGUUAACGAAAGCUAUUCUUGAUGGCGUGCAACAGCGAAUGACAAGAUCACUAAGAAAAUCUCUCAGCAGAAUGUCACAUGGGACUGGCAUUUACGUAACGACACUGCAUAGAUGCGCAAAACGUCUACACUUUCAUGCAUACCGAGUGAAGGUUGUUCAAGAGUUGAAAAACCCAGACAAGGAAAAAAGAAUGCACUACUGUCGUUGGUUUCAAAGGUUUACUCAUAACCAGCCUGGAAUUUUAGACAAUGUUUUUCUCGAAUGAAGUUUGGU